GAAAAAAAAAAUCGAAAAUGAUUAUAAGUUAAAGUUUUUUAGUGCAGUCGUUGAUUUCGACGAGUGAAGAAGUGAGAUUAGAUUUUGAGUGUUUGUCACACGUGAGACGAUCGUUCGGAAAAAAAUUAUCGAAGUUUUUGCUUCAUAUCUGCAUUGUAAUCGCAUCGAAAGGACAAACAUAAAAUAUUCAAGUCUAGGAUAGUUUUGUAUCAUGAAGAACAUAUUUCUACUAUUUAUAUUUGCUAUCAUUGUCAACGAUGGACUAUGCUUAUCACUCGAUCCAGUCGCUUCAACCGAUCUAGAGCAGUAUAUUCGUGAUGAUUUUACAAUUUCCCUUAGGCACAUCAGACCUCGAAGAAAAUUCAGAAUUUCAUUGGAAGCGCUCUUCAUGAUUGAUUUUCCAAUAAUUAAAAACAAAUUCACAUUUUAUCUCGAUAGAAAAGGAAACCGAAUUGUUAUUGACAUCAAUUCAGAUUCGAAAAUCUUUUCAAAACAUUUAAAUCUUCCGUCACUUAAUGAGACUGUGACAAUACGUUCACUAGCAUUCGCAUUUGCAGAUAAUGUUUUAACAAUAUAUGUGGACUGUCAAGAUGUACUUAAAGAAGAAUUAGAGUUUAAUCUUUCAAGAUUAUUCUUAGAUAUGGAAGAACCAAUGGUUAAGCUCUUUAGAGAAAGAAAAUAUCCACUGUACUUAGAUAGUUCACCAGAUGAAGCGAUGUCAAGAGCAAGUUGCCAAAAAGGUACUCGACACAAAUCAAAUCAUAAGAUUGUCAAGGAGAUGGAUAAGAAAAAAAAUUACGAAGGAUCUGAAAAAAAUAGAAAGAGAGAUGUUAGCCGUGAUUAUUUUCGUGGACAAGAUACCAGAAAUGAUGUAUUUAAUGCUCCACCGGGACGUGGUGAUAUUCCGAUAAUGCAUGGUGAUUGUGAUGAGAACUUACUAAGAGGAAUAAACGACUUAAUAGCAUUGAUCAAGAAGCUUCAACAAGACAUUGCUAAUCAACAUGCUGACAUCAAACGCCUUCAAUCACUCAUUGAAAAUUGUGCUGGUUGUCAAGAGCCACAGAAUAUACGACGAGAUACUUGUCAAUAUGCAAAUCCAUGCUUCCCUGGUGUGUCUUGUCACGAUACUUCAACUGGAAUGCGUUGUGGACGUUGCCCAAAAGGUUAUAUCGGUGAUGGACGAACGUGUACACCCGGUUUGACUUGUGACGAUAGACCCUGCUUUCAAGGAGUUCACUGUUCAGAUACAGUAGCUGGCGCAGUUUGUGGUCCAUGUCCAUCAGGAUAUGAAGGAGAUGGGAAAGCAUGUCAAGAAAGAAGAAAAGCUUGUGAUGACCGACCUUGUUCUUCAGGUGUUCAAUGUCAAGAAAUUAGAGAGCAUCCGUAUUAUCGCUGUGGUUCAUGCCCUGCUGGACAAACUGGAAAUGGAUCGUCGUGUCAAGAUAUUGAUGAGUGUGACUUAAUCGAGCCAUGUGAUCCAAGAGUACGAUGUCAGAAUUUGUCACCUGGUUUCCGAUGUGAUCCAUGUCCUUCUGGUUACCACGGCUAUCAUUCUCAGGGGCUUAUAAUGCAAACUGGAAUUGACCAUACAUUCCAAAGACAACGUUGCGAUGACAUUGAUGAAUGUCGAGAAGGAGUUGCACGUUGUGGAACUAAUUCACAAUGUGUAAACACAGAGGGAUCAUAUGAAUGUACAUGCUCAAGAGGUUUUGCAAGGAAUGAAACAUAUGGUUGUCUUCAAGUCGCUGGCAUGUGCCCCGAUGGCACCAUUUGUGAUAGAAAUGCUGUUUGUCAGCAUGCUGGUGGAAAUCGCUACAGAUGCAAAUGUAAAGUAGGUUGGGCUGGUGAUGGAUUAUUCUGUGCAACUGAUAAAGAUUUAGAUGGAUGGCCAGAUUAUGAUCUCGGUUGUUCUGAUCCUCGCUGUCGAGCAGAUAAUUGUCCUAAUAUACCCAAUUCAGGUCAAGAAGAUGCCGACGGAGACAGCUUGGGUGAUGCUUGCGAUCCUGACGCAGAUAAUGAUGGAAUAUUAAAUAGCCCUGAUAAUUGCCCAUUAAUUUAUAAUCCGGAUCAAGCUGAUACUGAUGAAGAUGGAGCAGACAGACAGGGUGAUGCUUGCGAUAACUGUCCUACCAUAAAAAAUCCGGAUCAAUCUGACGUCGAUCGAGAUGGUCUUGGAGAUGCUUGUGAUCCGGAUAUUGAUAAUGAUGGAAUUCUGAAUGCUCAAGACAAUUGCCCAAAAAUAGCAAACAGCAAUCAAUUAGAUUCUGAUAAUGACGGUCUCGGAGAUGUUUGCGACAACUGUCCAUUUAUUCCAAAUCCAAGUCAACAAGACACAGAUAAUGAUUUAGUUGGUGAUGCAUGUGAUUCGGGAGUAGAUAAAGAUAAAGAUGGGGUUCAAGAUAGCAAAGAUAACUGUCCUAAAGUACCAAAUUCAGACCAGUUGGAUCACGAUGGAGAUGGGAAAGGAGAUGCUUGCGACUCCGAUAUUGAUAAUGAUGGAAUUCCAAAUGAACGCGAUAAUUGCAUAUUUUACUAUAAUCCAGAUCAAAAGGAUAUGAAUAAUGAUGGCAUUGGUGAUGUUUGUGAAGAAGAUUUUGACGAUGAUAAUGUACCCAAUUAUCUUGACAACUGUCCAAACAAUUCAAAAAUAUUCUCAACUGAUUUCAGGACAUAUCAAACUGUCGUUCUUGACCCUGAGGGUGAAUCACAAAUUGAUCCUAAUUGGAUUAUUUAUAACAAGGGUGCAGAAAUUGUCCAGACACAAAAUUCAGAUCCUGGUCUUGCCGUUGGAUAUCAUGCAUUCGGAGGUGUUGAUUUCGAAGGAACUUUUUUCGUUGAUACUGAGAUUGAUGAUGAUUAUGUUGGCUUUAUAUUCUCAUACCAAGACAAUCACAAAUUUUACACUGUUAUGUGGAAAAAGAACAUCCAAACUUACUGGCAAGCUACUCCAUUUAGAGCAUCAGCAGAGCCAGGAAUACAACUUAAACUUGUCAAUAGUAAAACAGGUCCGGGUGAAAUGUUGAGAAAUAGUUUAUGGCAUACUGGAGAUACAAAGGAUCAAGUAAAAUUACUCUGGAAAGACCCAAGAAAUGUUGGGUGGAAAGAACGAACUGCAUAUCGUUGGUUGUUAUUACAUCGUCCAAAAAUCGGUCUCAUAAGACUAAGAAUAUUUGAUGGAGAAAAUAUGGUAGCAGAUUCUGGAAACAUUUAUGACUCAACACUAAAGGGAGGAAGACUUGGCGUCUUCUGUUUCUCACAAGAAAUGAUUAUUUGGUCAGAUUUAGUUUAUCGUUGUAAUGACAAUGUUCCUGAAACAAUCUACCGUGAAUUACCUCAACGCUUGCAAAAAGAAGUCCACAUCGAUUACAGAAUAUAAAGUGUCAAAUAAAUAGCUUUAGUCAUUUAUGCUAACCAAAAAAAUAAACUAUUCUAUUCUCGUCUUUUCAAUGCCACAAAUACAUACUAAUUUUUAAAAUUGUUACAAACUGUUGAGUUUCAAAUAAGAAAUUAUUAAUAAAAUUGUUUAAACUGCUAUCUUUGGUAAAUAAUUU